AUGGAGAAUUCAUGCCGCCAGCCACGAACAACUCAAGAGAAGAAAAAGAGGAAGAAACUACAGAUGUUUGUUCGGCUAAUGCCGAAAAAUCAACGAAAAUCCUCAAUUGUGCAGAAACUCAUUUCACCCUUCAAAGACGGCUUCACUUGUAAAGAGGAGAAGCAAAGACUCUGCUUUGCCGUUGUCAGCUAG